CUAGGAGAGGCACUUAAAGCAAGAGGAGCAACUCCCCCAACCGUCCUGCCUGUAACUUGCUAGCAAACCAGCCAAGUUGUCUCCCAGCCCUCCACUGGACUCUACUGGUUAAGGACUUCGGCUUCUCGGGGGAAGGUGCAGCUGCUGGGGGAAAAAAUGGAGAGGUUCCUGGAUUCUACCUUUAACCACUGUUUGUUUGUACUCUUCCUCUCUGCUUACCUGAGCUCCCUGAGCCUUGCUCAAUAUGAACAUUGGCCGCAGCAGCCUGGCUCCCCCCCAAGUCCGCCCCAGCAGCCCACUGAUGUUCCCAGAAUCCAGGUGCGGCUGGCAGGGAACAAGAGGAAGCACAAUGAAGGGCGGAUAGAAGUCUUCUACAACGGGGAAUGGGGCACGGUCUGUGAUGAUGAUUUCUCCAUCCAUUCUGCAAAUGUGGUCUGCAGGCAGUUGGGCUACGUGGAGGCUGUGUCCUGGAUCCCCAGUUCCAAGUACGGCAAAGGAGAAGGCAGAAUUUGGUUGGACAACGUCUACUGUACAGGCAAGGAGACAACAUUAGCCAUGUGCACCUCCAACGGUUGGGGUGUGUCAGAUUGCAAACACACUGAGGAUGUGGGUGUGGUCUGCAGUGAAAGGAGAAUCCCGGGCUUUAAAUUUGAUGACUCCCUACUCAACCAGAUAGAGAAUAUAAAUAUCCAGGUGGAAGACGUCAGAAUCCAACCCGUCCUGAGUUCCUCCCGCAAGCGUUUGCCCAUCACUGAAGGGUAUGUGGAAGUAAAAGAAGGCGGCGUCUGGAAACAGAUCUGUGACAGAAACUGGAACACAAAAAAUUCCCGAGUCAUCUGUGGCAUGUUUGGGUUUCCAGGCGAGAAGAAAUACAACGUCAAUGCCUACAGGAUGACUGCAAUCCGAAAGAAGCACAGAUACUGGCCUUACUCCGUAGACUGCAAAGGCACUGAGGCUCAUCUCUCCAGUUGCAAAGUGGGCAAUCGCAUCAGUACAGCUUUCGGGGGGAACAUUACAUGUGUGAAUGGAAUGCCUGCUGUGGUGAGCUGCGUCCCUGGCCGUGCCUUCGCCCCGGGCAGCCGCACUGGCUUCCGCAAAGCCUUCCGGCAGGAGCAUCCACUGGUGAGGCUAAAGGGUGGAGCCAAGACAGGAGAAGGCCGUGUUGAAGUGCUAAAGAACAGGGAAUGGGGAACCAUCUGCCAUGACCAGUGGAGCCUGGUUGCAGCCAGUGUGGUCUGUCGAGAGCUGGGCUUCGGAAGCGCCCAGGAGGCUAUUUCAGGCGCAAGGCUCGGGCAAGGACUGGGCCUCAUCCAUCUCAAUGAAGUGGAAUGCUUGGGUUAUGAAAAGUCCAUCACAGACUGCAAAUUCACCACUGACACACAGAGAUGCAGCCAUGAAGAAGAUGCUAGUGUGAGAUGUAAUGUCCCAGCCAUGGGUUUCCAGAACCAGAUACGUUUGAGCGGUGGCCGUAUACCCUCAGAAGGUCGCGUAGAAGUCCUCCGGAAUUACAACGGCACGCUUAAAUGGGGAGCAGUCUGUAGUGACAACUGGGGCACCUUAGAAGCCAUGGUGGUUUGCCGCCAGCUGAACCUUGGCUAUGCUGAGCAUGCAUUUCAGGAAACGUGGUACUGGCAGGGAGACGGCAGCUCUGACCAAGUUGUCAUGAGUGGGGUGAAGUGUUCUGGGACAGAAAUGGCUCUCUCACAUUGUAGGCAUCACACUCAUGUCAACUGUCCCAAGGGAGGGGGACGCUAUGCGGCUGGUGUUUCCUGCACGGAGGCCGCCGCUGACCUCUAUGUCAAUGCCAAGGAGGUGGAGUACACAUCAUACCUUGAAGACCGUCCAAUGUACAUGCUGCAGUGCGCACUUGAGGAGAACUGCCUGGCCUCCACGGCUGUCAACACAUCUGUUACCACCGGUUACAGGAGGCUUCUGCGUUUCUCCUCCCAGAUUCACAACGUCGGGCAGGCAGACUUCCGCCCUAGACACGGGCGCCAUGCCUGGAUUUGGCACGAAUGUCACAGGCAUUACCACAGCAUGGAGGUGUUCACACAUUACGAUCUGCUAGAUCUCAAUGGCACCAAAGUGGCUGAAGGAAACAAGGCCAGUUUUUGCCUGGAAGACAGUGAGUGUGCACCUGGCAUCCAGAGGCAGUAUGGAUGUGCCAAUUUUGGGGAGCAAGGAAUAACCGUUGGGUGCUAUGACGUGUACCGGCAUGAUAUUGACUGCCAGUGGAUCGAUGUGACAGAUGUCCCACCAGGAGAAUACAUCUUCGUGAUCCAUGUCAACCCACAGCAGGACGUCGCAGAGUGUGAUCAUUCCAAUAACAUCAUGAAAUGCCAGUGCAGGUUAAGUGCUGAACGUGUCUGGAUGUUCAACUGCCAUAUAGCCGACUCCUUCAGCGAAGCAAUAGAAGAGAAGUUUAAUCACUUCAAAGGACUUAUGACCAACCUGGUGCCCACUCGAUAAAGAGAAACCCUUAACUUCAGCCCUGUUAUUUAAGGAAGAAGGACUGCCUUUUCCCAGAGUUUCCCUAACCACUGCACCGAAACCUAAAGUACUCAAGCAACCAACCACGAACUUUCAAAUUAGCUUUGUAAGUUAUUUUCAAGGGUGUCCUACUUUAUGGUCUUCAGCAGCAGAAGGAAUAAGGUUGGUUCUUAUUUCAUAUCCAUUCCAGCAAAACAAAGGUUUUGCACUAAGCUGUCUAGUUUCCCCUUGUUGUACACCCUAAUUUAUUCCCCAGGAAUUGUGUGCAAACUCUUGUGCCAUAUCUGUUCAACGAAAGGUGGCAAUACCAGCCCAACAGCCCACAUCAGGGGGUCAGGUGCUGGCAAUUCGUAAGGGAAUUUCUCUUACACAGCUUCGGUCUCACUAAGAUUUGAGAAAUCGACUCUGUACCACUGAUGCAGAACAGAAAUUUCCACAGAGGUCUCAUGACUUACAGAGGUCUCAAGAAUGCUUUCUUAAUUUCUAGUACUUGUCAGCCACCAAUUUCUUGGCACCAUCCCUUCUCCAAUAACAUAUUUGACAGCUGGCUUCAAUGCACCAAGGCGCAAAAACAUCUGUCAAGUUAUUCCUUGCAUUUCGGUUUUGGAUACCAGUAGACUGUGAAUUGUUCUUCACCCAAUAAGCUGUCCACCUGCCUGCCUUUGACUUGCAUUCCCCAGUACUCUGAUCAGUGCCUGUCUUCUCUUCCCCACAUGUUCCCCCAUCCAUAAGAACCAUGAUGUACUCUCCAAAGGUAAUUAAUGUAUUGGGCCUUUCUGGUGAUGUCAGACGAUCCUGUGAUAUUUUUUUUUAACUGUUGCAGUUGCACGCUUUGGUAAAUGCAUAACGGUGCUAGGCCCCUGUACCUCUCUUUGCUGGAGGUCAUGCAUCAGCAGGGUUGCAGAGGCAUAUACAUACAUACCUACUUGAAGAGCCUAUGGGUGCGUUUUGUGAACUUCCAGUACAUGGAAUCAGGUUGGCUGCAACUCUGAAGCCAGAGUUACUUUAGAAUUGCCUUGCUGGACCAAACCAAGACCUCUCUAGUCCAAAAGCAGCCGUCCAGCUAAUGUUGGAUGCCCAGAAAACAGGACAUGAAGGUGAUGGCUUUUGCUCCCUGCCCUGUUUGUUCUCAGUAUGAGGCAGAGACUGUUAUCUUAGCUACUACCUGCUGACAGUCCUUGCUUCUAGUCCUAUUUGUUUUGCUGCUGUUGGUGAAGGAACUACAAAAGGGACUCUUUGAGCCCCAGGCAGGAUAUACAAAGGUUCUUUUAGGCUUCCCCAUGUUUCCCACGGAAACCCUUCCUUGCCUCUCCUGCAGUAUGUGAAAGUCUUCCCCAGCUGAAGGACCAGAGACAUGCACCCUCCAAGCUACCACCAGGCUGCAUUGUGCCCGGCAAGAGUAACUGCAGCAGGUUCAUACCUCCUCCAUUCCCAUCUGUGAAACAGGAUAAGAGCGACCAGGGAAGGGAGCUGAGAUACAAAGAUAAAAGAAAUGGAAUAAAACACACUGCAUGGUUAAAAUACUAUGUACAUUAUUAGAAAUCACACUUAGCGGCUGUGAUUUGCAACAAUGCAUAAGUAAUCUGCCAGUAUCUGAUCUGUUGUUGUUUUUUUGUCCUGUGUAACCUACCUCACAGGGGUGUUGUGAGGCUCGUGGCCAGAUGACCACGCUUGGACCGGGCACUCGUUUCUUCCAGCUGGGGAGGUGUAUCAAGCUUAUGUACCCAGAACCCAAACUAGCACUUUUGUAUGUUGCCACCAGUGGCUAUUCCUAGUGGUACACACAUCAGAAAGGCAAAGCAGAGACCUAGCUUAGCAGUGGAGACAGAGAUGAGUUUCAUGGCUCUCCCGCAGUUGGGCUGGCGGGAAUGAAUUGCUUCACUUUUGCACUAGAGGAUGAGAAUGGCACCGGUGCAUCACAACAGUCAUUGUGUUUCCCAUCAUCCUUCCAGCCACUCCAGCAACUCAUACAAACGUUUCUGUUAUCCAUGUUCUUCUGCAGUCACAGCACUUGAAGAGUCACUGGUUGGAAGCUUCUCUCUCACCAACUCUUUCCAUGUGACCUACAUUGCUAAACGGUAUGGGGAAAACUGCUCAACUGCAGUGGCUCCAGCAGCAAAGCAAGGAGGGGUGCAGGCUCAGGAGUUCAGUCCAGGGACCCCCAAUGUGGUACCUGUGAGUGCCAUGGUGCCUGCUGACACCUUUCCUGGUGCCUGCCGAGUGUUUUUAGAAA